GGUGAGAUGUCUGAACUGUCCUGUUUGUAAUGAUUAAGUGCACGUGUUGCUUGUUAUAACACACAAGCUAUUGUACAGAAAAGCCAGUCCGGAGCCACUCGAAGCUUAACCUGCAUUGAGGUGAUUCACAGAAAGUCUUCUGUUUCUAAUGCAGAGUCUGCUGUGAUGGGGGAGAGAGGGCUGCUCAUCCUUCUGCUUGCAGGGUUUUGUGUGCCCACAUCCAACCAGAUCAUUAAACACAUGUUUGUGAAAACUGUGAAGAGCUGGUCUACAGCUCAGAGCUACUGUAGAAUGAAUCACAUAGAGCUGGCCACUGUGCACAGCCAGGAAGAAGCAAAGCAGCUCUUAAAUAUUGCAGGAACUUCUCUCGUUGCUUAUGCCUGGAUCGGGAUGUAUCGUGAUGACACACAGAACUGGCAGUGGUCUAACGGCGAUGAUGUCAUCUACUCCAACUGGAGGGCAGACGUAUUCUGUGCUUCAGUCAAUUCAGAGGGAAAGUGGAUUGAUUUACCCUGCCACCUUCAGAGAGCUUUCAUUUGCUACCAAGAGACCAGCAACAUCACUGAGAGAUACACCCUGAUUGAAGUUCUGAAAACCUGGACUGAAGCUCAGCAGUACUGUAGAGAAUACCACACCGACCUCGUCAGUAUAAAGGACGCCAGUGAAAAUGAAGACCUAGUGAAGAAAGCGCAGGGCAAUACCUUCUGGAUAGGCCUGUUCAAUGAGCCCUGGAAGUGGUCACACCAGGGGGAUAGCUACACAUUUCACUACUGGAACACUGGGCAACCAGACAACCGAGGAGGCAAUGAGAACUGUGUGGUGAUGGGUAAGACUGGUGGAUGGUAUGAUACUGCCUGCAGCACUCCGCACCCUUCCUUCUGCUGUGUGGGCGGCUCCUCUGGUCAGUGUUUCUAUGUAGGAACUAAGAAGACAUGGCAGGAUGCUCAGAGCUACUGCAGAAACCAAGGCAGAGACCUGCCCACCAUACAAGACAAGUACGGGGUUAAUAAGCUUAUAGGUAUUAUACCUAAAACUAGAGAGAAUAAUUUCUGGAUUGGGCUGUAUCAUGACAAAGAGAACUGGCAGUGGUCCAAUGGAGAUGACAUCAUCUACUCUAACUGGGAUCCAUACCUCUUCUGUGCUUCAGUCAAUUCUGAUGGAGAGUGGGAGGAUUCAGUCUGCAGUGAGAAGAAAGCUUUCAUCUGCUACAAUGAGACCAGCAUCAUCACUGAGAGAUACACCCUGAUUGAAGUUCUGAAAACCUGGACUGAAGCUCAGCAGUACUGUAGAGAACACCACACCGACCUCGUCAGUAUAAAGGACGCCAGUGAAAAUGCAGACCUAGUGAAGAAAGCGCAGGGCACGCCCUUCUGGAUAGGCCUGUUCAAUGAGCCCUGGAAGUGGUCACACCAGGGGGAUAACUACACAUUUCACUACUGGAACACUGGGCAACCAGACAAUUGGGGAGGCAAUGAGAACUGUGUGGUGAUGGGUAAGACUGGUGGAUGGUGUGAUACUGCCUGCAGCACUCUGCGCCCUUCCUUCUGCUGUGAUGAUGCAACCCCCUCAGACCCUCCUUCAACACAGCUCUCUGAAGAUGCAAUCCCCUCAGACCCUCCUUCAACAACGCUCUCUGAAGAUCUAACCCCCUCAGACCCUCCUUCAACACAGCUCUCUGAAGAUGCAACCCCCUCAGACCCUCCUUCAACACGGCUCUCUGAAGAUGCAGAACCCUCGAGCCUCCCUUCCACUCCAGUCUCUCAAGCAGGCACUCCAGUCCCUGUGGAUCUCCACCUGAUCUCUGACAGUAUGGUCUGGCCGGAGGCUUGGCAGUACUGCAAGAAUCACUACACUGACCUAGUGAGCCUCACAAGCCUGGCUGCACAGAACAGAGUGUCGGAGCUCGUCAGGAACAGCACUGCGUCGCGAUUCUGGACCGGCCUGCACAGAACCGUUGUGUAUGAUAACUGGUACUGGGUUGCUGGUAAGGAUAAGAAGGGGCUCCUAAACUACACUAACUGGGCCCCUGGGGAGCCCAACAAUCCUUACUAUGAGCACUGUGGGGAGAUGGUGCUGAGGGAGGAUGGGAGGGCUGAGUGGAAUGAUCUGUGCUGUUAUGAAAAGCUCUCCUUUAUCUGUUUCAAAGAUCAACAACACCCCUAAAAGGGUGUACAGCAGUGGUUCUAAAACUAUCUCUAGUCGGGACCCCCUUUUAAAGUUAUUUUAGUCUGAAAAAAAAAAAAAACAUUUACAAAUAAAUUUAUAGAAGUAUCUAAAUCUGAAUGAUAUUAUGUAAGCAAUGUGUGAAUAAUAAAGGAAAUCGAAGUCUUGUAUGUGACAGAGUUUGCAAUGCCAUGUCUGCUCUCUAUAAAGAGCUGCUGCAAUGCACUGCAGCCAUUGCGGAUGGUAGGUCUGCUUGUGAUGUGGUCGCUUGAAACCUUCCUGUGAACCCCCAGGGUUCCCAACCCCCAGUCUGAGAACCACUGUCUCCACAGAACCCAGAGCUUUACUAUAGGAGUAAUACACCAAAAUACUAUAGAAGAAAAUGCUAUGUAGCAAUCUUUAAUGAUAUACAUUAUUCUGAUAUUUCAUUGUACUUGUUUAAUAUCCUGUUGUGUGUGUGUUCUGUGUGAUUCUCCGUUGUUUCAAAUAAGAGCAUUAUCUGCCGUGCUUACUAACUAUUCCAGCAAAAUGCUUCCUGAAAAGUCUCCUCAAGGCUGAUUGUAAUGAAGUGAGGUGGGGAAGCAUAAUAGUGUUGCACAGUCUUCAGUGCUUCUCCUAAGGGCUUCAGUGCCCAGUGCAACGCUAACAUGCUUCCCCACCUCACUUCCUCACAGUCAGCCUUGAGGAGUCUUUUCAGAAGCUGCUUCACUUGUUUUUUUAGUUCAGGAUCCUUAGCUGUUUAAAAUGCAGCGUGUAGAUAAACUGCUGCAUCCUGGUACCUUUGCUGUAGGUCACUUGGUCUGAUUGAGGACGCAGCAGCAGCUUGGUUUAAAUCAUUAGUAUCUAUAACGUUGACUAUGAAAUAUCUACUUUCCAAAUUGAAGUAUAAAACACAAGCAAAACAAAGGGGCCAGUGAUAAUAUUGCUGGGGUUAGUAAGCUUUAAGAAAAUGGAUUUUAACCCUUGGUUAGCAGUCCUUUAAUACAGAAUACAUUGAUAAGGGGAGAAGCACAGCGGGGGGAAUGGGAUAACUUGAUAUUCUCAUUAUAACUACUUUUUAAGCUUUUUUUCUUUUAAAAAUGAAAAUGUUUUAAAUAUUUAAGUAGUUUUUUCUGUAUUUAAGAAAGUGUGUCUGUAGUCAGGCCUGUGUGAUGUCAUCAGCACUAGUAUCACAAACACUCCACUUGGAAAAGAAAAGAAACUCUUUUCUGUCCCUUGUUUGCACUCCUGUGUUGCUUCCCUGAGCUGCAGCAGAGCGGUCGUUCAUACCCCCCUGCUGCUGCAGGUAGUCUCAGCAGCGUGCCUGUUUAGUGCACACUAGAGUGACACAAAGAGAGACCAGAAAGCUUCAAGGAGGGAGGAAGCUUGUGUGUCUGCAGAUUAAACUACCUGCCUCUGGGGAAUGCAAACAAACUGGACAGCCAACAGGGCCUGGUUUCUGAUGAAGCAGAUUGCAGCUCAUGCUAAUCUGAUGAGGAAUGUAGUAAAGAGACACACUGUAAUUCUAUUUUAAUAUGAUGCUACAUCUUUCAAUAUAUUGAGUAAGUCCUGCCUCACUCUUUAUAUUCUACAUUUCUGAGUGUAUCUGCCAUUAUAAAAUGAAUAAAGAGUUGAACUUCA